CAGACCGCCCCAACAUUAAUGUUGCAAGCCUGACAGCGGAUUUAAUCGGUUUGUUGGUGGCUGUGACCACUGAUUCCACAGUCAGCAAGCUGGAUGCUUUCCUGGCCUCAGACUUCUCCAGGCUCGGCCGCCGUUCGUUGGCCACCCGGCUGGACUUCCUGCACAUGAAACAUCUGAAGCGCAAGCGGAAAAGCAACUACAGCGCGAAGGAGACGCAGGCCCUCAUCCGCGAGAUACACAAGCGCCGGCACAUCCUCUUCUCCAAGCAGCAGAACACCGCCAUCAAGGAGUUGAAGCGCAGGGCUUGGGAGGAGGUGGCGAACUGCGUCAACGCUCUGGGCGAGGGCGACCUGCGCACUGCUGUCGAGGUCAAGAGGCGGUACCUGGACUGGAGGGUGCUGAUGAAGAGGAAGCAAGUCAGAGCGGAGCUGUCCAGUCUCAAGGACGAGAACGAUCCGUCCUUGAGCGAGGAUAAUGUUCUGUGCAGGGCAGACCUGCCACCGGACCUUGGUGGCUUCCCCAAGGACCAGGACUGUGAUUGGCAGAACUUCUCUGAUAUGGAAAGGGCCAACAGCCCCCCAGCAGUCCAGGGCGACGGCGGAGAAGAAGAAGAUGAUGAAGAAGAAGAAGAAGAAGAGCGUGAAGAAGAGAACGAGGAGGACCAUUUCCCGCUCACGUUGCCGGACGUGGACCGGGAGGGAUGCAUGCCAGACACAUUCUCCCGCGUCGACGAGUUCGGUCUGCGCACCGGCGCCAAGGCGGAGCGGGACCUGGAGGCACAGCUGACGCCGGACGGGGUGGGCGUAGCGGGGCUGGUCUUGGGGAUGGGCGGCGUGGGGAGCCUGGACCUGCUGGUCGCCGUGGCCCGGCAGAGGCUGGAGCUGGAGCGGCGUCGCCUGCAGGUGGAGACGGAGCGGCUGCGGGUGGAGAAACGGCGCCUCCUGGUGGAGCGGGAGAAGCUGCGGCAGGCGGAGGUGGAGCGGGAGCGCCUGCAGGUGGAGCGGGACCGUCUGCGGGUGGAGAAGGAGCGGCUGGUGUGCCAGGCGGGGCGGGGCGCGCCCGUGCCCGCGGAGGACUGCGAGCGGGAGCGGAAGGCGUGGCAGGUCGCCGCGCCGCCGGCCCAGACUCAGCCCGCCGCCAGCCUGGCGUCCGAGCGGCUGCAGCUGGAGACGGAGAGGAUGCAGCUGGAGAAGGAGACGCUCACGUUCUUCAAGCUGGAGUCCGGCCGCCUGCAGAUUGAGAAGGAGCGCUUCCGGGUGGAGAAGGAGCGCAUGCGGCUGCAGAAAGACGGACAGCAGCUGGCCCUCCAGGGGCAAUAGGACUGUGACCUGGCUGGGGAAUCUGCAGCACAUGAGACUUCUUUAGGGGAGGUGUGGAUGAGGAAGGGGAGACAUUCACUGGGGCAGGGAGAGCCGGGUGUGGUUGACUUUCUUAAAGGUACAAUAGGUGAUAUUUCUUUGUGUUAAAACAUUGUUACAAGACCAUUGUCAAUCCCUUCCUAUCAUUGGCUCACUGACAUGUUGACUCACCCUCUGCCCGUGUUUAUAGUCCUUAAAUUCGGUUUUGAAAAUAUACAGUUGACGGACCGACACUCUGUACCGAAACAUUGUAUAGCUGUACAAUAGUUCAAGCUCAUUGGUUAAAAAUUGUUUCUAAUUGCCACAGCCAAUGGCGUUGGGGUGUUUCAACGUCAGCGUGUUCAAAGAGAAGGGGUAGCAAUAAACAGUGUUGUGGUUUGAGGGUGUUUGUUACUGCAGCUCCUCUCUUGACCAUUAGUAGUCCGAAGUUACCUAUUGUACCUUUAACUGAAAUGAAAUGCUCAGUAGAGAGCAGCUUGUUUAGUUUCUUCCUCUCUCUGGAUUGAGGCCAGUGCAGUACCCUUGCUCCCCUCAAACAAAGCCCUCUCCUGUCCAUUCAGUUUUCUGAAUGUUCAAGCCUUCUGAUUCAUACAGUAUGGAAAGGCCUUAUAGCUUACCACCCUCUUCUUGAUACAGAGGUGAACAUUAUUAUUUAUUUUAUAGCAACACUAUAUGUUUUUACUAGCCAUUUCCUUGGGUUGAAUGGUGUUAAUGUUACUGAUGUUGAAAUGUCCGAGUGUAGCAGGGGCAUUAGACUAGCAGCUUGUGCAGGUCCAUAUUGUUAAGGAGCUUUGGCAUGGGGCCCAAGUCUCAGGAUGGAUGGCAUAAUAGGCCUUACUCCAGGGGGCAAUGUAGCCAAUUAUUCUCUGCUGCUGAUGUGUGGGAUUCCCAUGAUAAGGACUUCACUACAUAUAAAGUAGAAUUGAAACAUUAUUUGAAACCGAAAGACUUAAGAUACAUAAAUUGUAUCUUUCAAUCAGAACUACAUCCGUUUCAGUGUUGCACAAUUUUGGGGAAUUAUCGGUGCUGCCUGUAUAAAUUGUUUAAUACCAUCAUGAACAUAGUUUCCAUAUUUCCUGUUUUUCCCCAUAAUGCAUUACAGAUAAUUCCAAACUGAGGAAUGUGGUCUGGAACCAUAAUACAAUGUUACUUGAAAUUUUCACUUCUCAAAGUACUGUACAACAAACAAUGAAAACCAAUCAUAAUCAACCUGUGUUCACUUUGGAAAACAGUCAUUGAUUGUUUGUAUAGAUCUCAUCUCCCUUUUGUUUUUUAAUAUAACUAUGCCGUGGUAGGUGCCUGACUGUUAAAGCAUGCUGAAACUCGCAGGCAUAAUUAUAGGGGGGAAGCAGUUUGCAGACUAGGUUCAAUAAACGUCUGAGGUGUCACGUGAGGUUCAACAGAGUUUACGAAUGUAACCGCUAAUUAUCGGUUUGCAUAAAACAAAAUGUUUUGUACUCAGGACUAGUCUGUUGUCUGAGGGAACUGCUUGGAAAUAGAAUAUGUAGCAUUCAUGUUUUUUUUCGUGUGUCAGGGUAAACGUGCUACAUAAAUACUGUGAUUAGUCAGUUGCAAAUAACAUUGCAUGUCCUUUGCCAUUUUGUCCUUGUCAUUGUUGUCAUACUGCCCUCUUGUGGGUAAAAUGCCACACGUCAAAAAAAGAUUCGGAGAUGUACUCGCAUAUAUUGUCCAUAUUAGUAUACAGAAUAAAAAUACCUAGCUGUAUCUGUU